AAAAUUCAGGCGGGAAGGAAAUAUUGAUCGACAGAACAGCGCUUGUGCUUUAUGGGGCGUUAUAAUAUAAUUGAAGAAAAUAUCUUCAUCUAUAUAUUUCAAAAAAUAUGUUAUUUAAAAGUGUAUUUUUGGUGAUUUGUAUUUAUAUAUACGCAAUAAAUGCGGCGUUGUUGUUUUGGAGUAAUAAAAAGUUACAUAUAUCACCGCUGUUGCCGUUUGACGAUGAAGAUUUAGAAAAUUUGGUUCAUAAAUUAGAUAACCCGAAAUUAUUCACAUUUAAGGUUCAUUUGCAAAGUCAUAGAAAUAAUAUACCUACGAAUAUAAAACAAUUAUUGAAGGGUUAUCACUCUGCUUACAAUCCGAAUGGGAAUAUUGCCACCUCCAAAGCUAUUGAACUAAAAGUGUCAAAAGAAUGUAACGGCAUUGAUAUUUCGAAAAUCCAGAACCAUCUCUUUGGCGUAAAUAAUACCAUCAACUUUAUAGCUGUGAUAGAUAUCAGUUAUAGUAGACGAAAGAGGGACCUUUCCAACGACUUCGCUUUGGAUAAACUAAAUAACGGCUCUAUAGUUCAGGAAGCUGUUAUUUAUAGAGGGCAAAACCAACAAACCAAGUUAUACGCCUUGCUUUACUCGUCCAAACCACUGAUGUUGACUAUUAAUAGAACCAGAAUAUAUCUUGGCAACAUUGCGAAAGAUAUGAUUAACGUAGAUACAAGGCUAAACGUAAACAUUCCUCUUGGAGAAGGAGAAAAAGUGUCAUUGCGAUUUAACUUUUCCUGGUCCCGUGGUUACUGGUAUUUACCAUCUGUUCGAAUAACCCAUUCGAACACAAAGAUAAAUGAAAUAUUGUCUACCGAGGAGGACAUUAUGGCACCGUCGGGAUUUUCAUACCAUUGUAAUGGUCAAUCUAUAUUUUCCAAUGCUACUGCGGAUAUUGAGCUACGUAUUUAUGACCUUCAAGUUCAAGUCAACUCCAAAAAUGGAAAAUUUGGUGACGCUUACGAUUGCGUUCCAUUUAUGACGGUGCCUAUAUGGUCCGGUCUGUUUAUAACUUCAAUUCUGGGACUCGCCUUGGUUGUGGCGCUAACUGCACUUAUGGACAUCAAGACUUUGGACAAGUUUGACAAUUAUAAGACCAAAAAUCUUUCGAUUACAGUUUUCGAUUAAUUUUUUCUAUGUAUGUACAUAGAUUCUCUAUUUUACCAUUAAUCACAAAUCUCAUAUAUCAGACAUCUUUUGUCUCCUGAAAAUAUCUACAUAGUUAUUUAUUGGGAUAGUUCAACUGGUACAGCUACACAAUUGGUACAGCUUUGGACUGAAACAUUUUUAUAUUUCAACAUUUUGGUUUUAAAUACAUUUUUGACUCCCCAAUAAAGGAAAUCUCUCCAAGCAUGUUUCCCACCUGAAGUUCCCUAAAACCUGGUACGUAAAAUGUUAAUGAAAAAAAUCUUUCCACAUAGUUUUGUAAAUGUAGGUCAAACAUCUGAAAACUUUAAUGCUAUAACUGUUUGGAUGUGUUUUGGUCCUUAAAAGAUUACUCUUAUUAUUUCAUGUUUUAUUAAUUAAUUGCUAAAGCACAAAGGAGUAAGGUGACGUUUCAGAGUAUACGGAAAUAUUCACAUGGCUUCAAAUAAUGAUUUCAAGAUACACGCGAAAUAAUUUUCAACAAUUUAUUUGGAAUGACAAUGACAUAAUAAAUAACGAUAAAAUGGUCUGUCGUAAAUCGAGAUGUCAGUUACAUACUAACUUUUUAAAAUUACUGCCAGAAGCAUCACUGUAUAUAUAUAUA